AUGGCAGACGGUCUGGUUUCAGCUCUGGAGAAUCUCCAUCUCAAAUCGCAGAGUUUAGAAAAACUCGACAACGACUGGAUUGAUAGCAUUCUUGAUGAGCAACGUCCACCCAAACGCAUCAAGCAAAACCACGAAGACCUCAAACGGGAGCUGGAACAGAAGUAUUUGACGCCAUCAACCACAUUUUCUACAGAAUGGCUCAAUAGGCUUCAACAGCGCUGGGACUCACCACCAAAUUAUACAGACCUUUUUCAGCUCGCCCCAACUCAAACACGCACAAUUACAAGAUUUACGCGAGAAGGCUUGGAAGGCCGAGUUACAGGUUAUAAGGAAGUUACGGUACCGGCGAACAGUGCAACGGCCAAAAACUCUACAUCUUUUCUGAGGAAACCGGCAAAUAGGGCUGAUUUUGUGAGAGGUGCAGCCGGGUUCUUUCCAUUCGCACCCGGUGGAUUGGAUGCUGUGGAGGCUGCGGCUGCUCUGGAGGCACAAGUUGGAAGAGUCGAUAGCAUAGUGCCGGCAAAUAAGGGCUUGGAAAGAAUCAUAAACUUCGGUGGAGAGGAUGGGCUGCUGAGCACACCACCAGGAUUUACCAGAGGUUUGAAAUUUGAGAAAAAGGGAGAAGGUGAGGAGAAAGAGGCAGAGGAUGUGAAGAACGUCUUAGAUGAAGAGCCAGCCGAGGAAUUGUCUGCAAAUGGAGCAGGCGAUGCCUUGAAGGAUGGAGCUGCUGCUGAAAGCUCCGAUGACGACGAAGAGGACGAUAUUGAUUCUAUGUUGCCGGUCGAAUUCCCAGCGCUGGAGCCUCAUGGUGCACUUGCAGCUUCUAGUACGAAAAGAGCAGGGAGAGAAUGGGCACAUAUGGUGGAUGUCAAGAGAGAUAUUCCAAAUUUCCGAGAAUUGGUUCCUGAUAUGGCGAGAGAUUGGCCAUUCGAGUUGGAUACGUUCCAAAAGGAAGCGGUCUACCAUCUAGAAAGUGGAGACUCGGUGUUUGUUGCUGCACAUACUUCGGCGGGAAAGACAGUGGUAGCAGAAUAUGCCAUUGCUCUUGCUGUCAAACAUAUGACAAAGGCAAUAUAUACGUCUCCAAUUAAGGCAUUGAGUAACCAGAAAUUCCGUGACUUUCGACAAAUUUUCGAUGAGGUUGGCAUUCUUACGGGAGAUGUACAGAUCAAUCCCGAGGCGAGCUGUCUUAUUAUGACCACCGAGAUCUUGAGGAGUAUGCUUUACAGGGGGGCUGAUCUAAUUCGAGACGUGGAGUUUGUUAUAUUUGAUGAAGUACAUUACGUCAAUGAUUUAGAGAGAGGAGUUGUCUGGGAAGAAGUCAUUAUUAUGUUACCAGAACAUGUGACAUUGAUUUUGUUAUCUGCAACCGUUCCUAAUACCUACGAAUUUGCGUCUUGGGUUGGAAGAACUAAAAAAAAGGAUAUCUAUGUUAUCUCGACUCCGAAGAGACCGGUGCCGCUGGAACAUUACCUUUGGGCCGAUAAAGGCAUUCACAAGAUCGUGGAUGCAGACAAAAAAUUCAUUGAAAAUGGUUGGAAGUCUGCAAAUGAUGUACUAUCUGGAAGAGAUAAGAUAAAGGCUCUCCCUGCACCGGAAACCUCCAAUACUCGUGGAGGAGGAAACCAAAGAGGCAGAAGCCAGAAUGGACGUGGUGGCACACAACGAGGCGGCGGUCAACAACGCGGAGGGGUACAACAGCGAGGUGGUCGCGGUGGUGGUGGACCUCCUCGUGCUAGCCAUAAUCCAGGACACAUGGGACGCGGCGGUAGACCUGGAGGCCGAACAACGGCUGCUCAAGACAAAACGUUAUGGGUACAUUUAGUUCAAUUUCUCAAGAAGGAAACUUUACUUCCAGCAUGCAUUUUCGUCUUUUCCAAGAAGAGGUGCGAGGAGAAUGCGGAUGCUUUGAGCAACCAAGACUUCUGUACGGCUACUGAAAAGAGUGCCAUACACAUGACUAUUGAGAAGUCUAUUGCUAGACUCAAACCAGAAGAUCGACUUUUACCACAGAUCGUUCGAUUGCGAGACUUACUUGGACGGGGCAUUGCUGUUCACCAUGGUGGUCUUCUGCCAAUUGUGAAGGAAGUCGUGGAGAUGCUAUUCGCACAAACCUUGGUGAAAGUGCUUUUCGCCACAGAAACAUUUGCUAUGGGAUUGAAUUUGCCGACUCGAACUGUCGUCUUUUCUGGAUACCGUAAGCACGAUGGACAAUCCUUUCGAAAUCUGUUACCUGGAGAGUAUACUCAGAUGGCUGGCAGAGCAGGUCGUCGUGGUUUAGAUCCUGUAGGUUCUGUCAUUAUUGUGGCUCCAGGAGGUGGUGAAGCUCCACCUGUCACUGAACUUCGUCAAAUGAUACUCGGUGAACCCUCAAAACUUCGCUCACAAUUUCGAUUGACGUAUAACAUGAUACUCAAUCUCUUGCGAGUUGAAGCUUUGAAGAUCGAAGAGAUGAUUAAGAGAAGUUUCAGUGAACAUGCUACCCAACAACUACUACCGGAGCACGAAAAAGCGGUCAAGGUAUCCGAGGCAGACCUGGCUAAAAUCAAGAGAGAGCCUUGUGAUAUGUGUGAACAAGAUCUAGACGCUUGCCAUGACGCGAUUCAAGCCCACAAGCAACUCACUCUCGAUCUUCAUCUGGGGUCACUGGCAACUCCUAUCGGUCGCAGGAUGUUCGCUCGAGGUCGCUUGGUAGUCUACCAUAAAGAUGGUGUUCGCACACCUGGUAUUCUGCUUCGUGAAGGAGCUACAGAUGUGAAUGGCCUAUCUAUUCAUGUUCUAGAAAUCAGAACACGACGAGAUCAAUGGGACACAACUGAUUUAUUACCGUUCAUACCGAAGUUCAGAGGGAUGUUCACCAAGCUUCCACAAUUCAAGAAACACAUUAGUACCAAGACUUGUUAUGUUUUGAUUAAUGAUUUGGAGUGUGUCACGAAUACCAUUGUGAAGGGAGUCAUUCCUGAUAUAUUUCAAAGCGGUGAAGUUUAUGAGAACGCUAAACAGACACUUUACGAUUUGUGUUCAUCAUCGUGGGAGAGCGAUGCGUGGAAUGAAUUAGACUGGUCUAAAAUUAAAGAACUCCAAUUGAGAGAGAAUCUUGUCAAGCGGAUACAAGAGGCUACAAUUGCCCAAAAAUCCAAUUGCUUGGAAUGUCCCUCAUUCUUGAAACAUUUCGCAAUGUGUCACGAUCAAUGGCUAAUUCAAACCAAUAUCAUUCAACUUCGUCAACUAAUGUCCGAUACCAACCUUCAGCUUUUGCCCGACUACGAACAACGAAUCCAAGUUCUCAAAGACCUAGACUUCAUCGACGACUAUUCCCGUGUCCAACUUAAGGGGAAAGUUGCCUGCGAAAUACACUCCGCAGAUGAAUUAAUUCUUACAGAACUCAUCCUCGAUAACGUCCUCUCAACGCACACCCCCGAAGAAAUUGUCGCUCUCCUCAGCGCCUUCGUUUUCCAAGAAAAAACUACUACCGUCCCAACUCUCCCUAGUUCAUUAGAAUCUGGCAAGAUCAAGAUUCUCGAACUUUCGAAGAAAAUCACGGAAAUGCAACUGCUGCACCAAGUCAUUCAACCGUCAUCCGAAUCCAAUGAUUUUGAAGCCCAUCCUUCGCGCUUUGGACUCAUGGAAGUCGUGUAUGAAUGGGCACGAGGAAUGAGUUUCAAAAAUAUUACGGAGUUGACAGAUGUACUCGAGGGGACUAUCGUGAGGGUCAUCACGAGAUUAGAUGAGACAUGUAGAGAGGUGAGGAAUGCAGCGAGAAUUAUUGGUGAUCCGGAGUUAUUUCAGAAAAUGCAAACUUGUCAGGAGAUUAUUAAGAGGGAUAUCACUGCCGUGGCAAGUUUGUACAUGUAG